ACAUACAAUUAAAUAAGGGCACUUUGGUAGUGACAUUUGCAAAUAAUUUGUAGUGCACUAAUUUAACGGCCUGACAGCCUUCACAUUGGUUAUAUAAAUUACGUCAUACAAUGGCAACGCCAGGCGGUUACGGACAUGAUGUCCGCAGUAACAAAUUCAAUCAAUUCGCUCUUGUAACAUCUGCGGUAUAUAUUGAGCUUAUGACUAUGCUAAUUCAACAGUUCCACCGCGGAAGUGAAAGAAGAAGGAUCGAAAUGUUAGCUAAAGCUUUAAUCCUUGCUCUUGCCGUUGGGGCAUCCUACUGUCAGGAGCAACACUACGCUCUCAAAACGUUAGUGCGCCAUGAACAACCUCAGGAAUAUGUUCACCACCAAGCUCCAGAGCAUUCGACGCACAAGGAACCAGCCCCCAUCUACGAAGUGCAAUAUCAAACUGUUCCAGAGAGCCAGGAACAGGCCGUGUCAUCGCAAGCCAGUCAUCACCAACCUUCUGCUGAUCAUGAAAUGCAGUUGACCAGCGCGAAAGAAGCUGAACCAGCGUACGUUUACGUACAGCAGGAAAAGCAGCCAGUCCAUUUCCACCAUGGAAUUUCCCUUCAAUCACUAUACAAGCACGCUGCUGCUGCUCAUAAAGUUCCUGCCACGCAUAAAUACCAAGCUCACCAUGAGCCAUCACACUACGUGUCGCACUACAACCACGAAGCUCUAAGCCAUCACCACGCGGCUCAGCAACAUGCCCCUGAGCAUUACGCUGCUCAGCAACAUGCCCCUGAGCAUCACGCUGCUCAGCAACAUGCCCCUGAGCAUCACGCUGCAUCCCACCACGCUGCCCAUUCCGAGGAAACCCAUGAAGAGCCUAUCGACUAUUACGCGCACCCUAAGUACCAGUAUGAGUACAAAGUAGAGGACCCGCACACCGGAGACAGCAAGUUCCAGCAUGAAGUACGUGACGGAGAUGUCGUGAAGGGCGUCUACAGCUUCCAGGAGGCCGAUGGCUCCAUCAGGACUGUGGAAUACACCUCCGACAAGCAUACCGGAUUCAACGCGGUUGUGAAGCACACGGCGCCGAGUCAUCACGCGCACGUCAAGCAACAUCAUGAGAACUAAAAUUUAAGCUGUUAUAUUGUUUGUUGUUACAUGUGUAAUCAUAACUUAAUUUAUUAAUCUUUCUUUACUUUUCUACUAAGUUUUUCCUAUUAAUAAAUGUAAGAGAAUACGCUCGGCUUGAA